CGUUAGUAACACAACACAACUUCCUGCUGCCCUCACCGGGCUAGUAUGAGUCCGAAAAUGGGAUACUAAUAUUACUUAUGAGCCUCACCGACACAAACGCGGAUUCUUCGAUGCAGACAUUUAUCUGAUCAAUGGAAAAAAAACUCAUUGAGAUUAAAAAUCUCUUUUUCAAGAGUGUCCUGGCCAAGGACUCCGAGUGUGAGACUGGGUGAUAAUAUCAUCAUGCCAUCAGCGAAGCUGCUGAAGAAUGCCCAAUACAUUGAAUUGGGCAGUUACCAGUAUUGGCCAGUUCUGGUGCCCAGAGGAAUCCGCCUGUACACUUAUGAGCAGGUGCCGGGAUUCCUACGGGAAAAUCCUUAUAUCACUGAUGGCUACAGAGCCUACCUGACCUCUAGACUGUGCAUUAAAAGCCUUUUCAUUCUGUCCAAUGAGACGGUUAACAUCUGGAGUCAUCUGUUGGGGUUCUUCCUGUUCUUCAUGCUGGGAGUUUAUGACUUGUUGGCAGUGCUGCCUAUGUUAGGAGCGUCCAGAGAGGACUAUGUCAUAUACUCCAUAGGCCUCUUCUGCUUCCAGGUGUGCAUGCUGUGUUCUGUGGGCUAUCACCUGUUUUGCUGCCACCGUUCUGAAAAAAACAGCCACCGCUGGAUGGCACUGGAUUAUGCUGGGAUCUCCAUAGGAAUCAUAGGCUGUUACAUUCCAGGAGUGUUCUAUGCGUUCUACUGCAAUAACUACUGGCGGCAGGUGUACCUGGUAACCGUUCUGGCCAUGAUGCUGGCAGUGUUCUUCGCCCAGAUACACCCUCAUUACUUGACCAAGAAGUGGCAGAAGCGUCGCUCUGUUACAUUCUGUGCUGUGGCGGGAUAUGGCCUCAUCCCCACCUUUCAUUGGAUCUGGCUCAGUGGGGGUUUCAGCUCAGACAUAGUCCAGGAAUUUGUUCCCAGAGUGCUGAUAAUGUAUGUACUUGCUGUAGCUGCUAUCAUCUUCUACAUGUCCAAAGUUCCAGAGCGUUAUUUUCCAGGUCAACUGAACUACUUGGGCUCCAGCCAUCAGGUGUGGCACAUAUUGGUAGUGCUCAUGUUCUACUGGUGGCAUCAGUCUGCACUUUUCAUAACCAACUAUCGACACGCUCACCCUUGCUCAGACUACCCUCUUCAUUCCUAGAGUUACGGGAUCGAGGGACACCACUGAGGACUGUUGUAUAGCAUUUUAAUUGAUCUGAAAGCUUGAACACAUUCUGUGUUUAUAAAAUAUGAUUGCAAGGUGUAUGGAUUUUUUUUUUUUAAUUGUCUUAUCGAUUUUGACACUUUUUAUACAUUUUGUAAAAGUGCCUAGAUGUUUCAGUAUAAUUAUAAUUUAAAGGCACUUGAGGUAAGCAGUGUUAGGCUUUUAAAAGCACUUUUAAAAAUCAAAGUUAAGCACCAUUUCACAGCGUCUGCAUGCGGGGGUUUC